CAAAAAACGGAGAUGGAGAUUCUGUGUCGAGCGGACCUCCGCCCUCCGCUACCAAGCAGUCGAGCAUGCGAGUGGGCGAGGAGUGUAUGGUGCACAGGUGCCUGGAGUGUGGUGAGGCCAUCGAGGAGUUCUCCAACGAUGACCUGGGGUUAUGCAUCAUCGUUCUCUCCACCUUCGUGCACCGCAACCCCGCGCUGUCCGCACCCCUACUCCCGCGCAUGCUUCAUGCCGUCGCCAGAGUGUCAUCGCACGAGUUGUAUUCCUGGCAGAACACUUCAAACGUCCACUUGCCCGGCUCCUCUACCAGCAUUGCUGGUCAGUUCCUCCGUUGUGUGCUGCACCAACUCGCACCCAACCAGAUAUUCUACCAGAUUUUCAUCACCAAAAUCGAGGAGGAAAAUCGGCAGAAGCUCUUCCGCGCGCUCGCUAAGGCGCUCGCCGACUUUAACGAAUUAAACUCCACGGCGCCAGUGCAGUCACUCUUGUCGAAUCUGAACGAGCGCAAAGAGCUGCCGGCUGACACGAUCACGCUUGCCGUGAGCAACCUGGCGUGCUACAUGGAAUGCGCGUUCCAGGAGGCCGCCCCAGCACCCGGCACCUUCCCGUUCAGUCUCUUCGAGACGUUCAUACGCAAGCUCAUCGACGUCUUCGAUAUACUCGAGGACGCCAAUCCCUUGCUUAGACUCAUCUGCGCCUUCUUGCGCAUACCUGGCAUAUCCGUGCACAAGAACAUCCUUGAACCAGUUUCCAAAGCCGUCGUGUUUGGACUGCGCAAGGCGCCUGUUCAGUAUCGCCUCGUAGCAGACCUCGCCAUCCUGUGCACCAAGACGUUUCCUAAGGAGCGCGACAAGCUGUUCCUGGCUCGCAUGAUGGCGCUGGAACUUAUCCAAGCGCUGAAAUUCAAGGUUACUUUACCUGACAUAAUUAUUCAAGUGUGUGGUGCAGAGGAUAAUGGCGGAAGUAUUGGCCCCAACCCUGUACUGGACGUGACGACAAGCCCCUCGGGCACAGAUCCUCUGAGUCCACAAACUUCGACGCUGGUGGCUGAGUGCAUCCGCGCCUCCUACAUCAGCGACAUUAUGGACUUCAUCGCAGACGUCCACACGCUCACCAAGAUAAAGAGUGGCCUGAACCAGGACACCAUAGGCGGGCUCCUGAAGGCAGGCAUAGCGCAGUACCUCUCGCUGGAGAUCAGCCGUGGCCACGCAAGAGAUACGAGGUUCUUCAAUAAAUAUCUUCCGUGGCUGAACAACCCGCCCACUGCCAUGCAACAAGGGCAAAAAGAGUUUCUGGACUGCGUAAGCCACAUCAGGCUACUGUCAUGGCUGCUGGUUGGGUCACUCCUGCAUACCUGCAACCAGACGGGUACUGGUACCAGCAUACCAUCUGUGUGCAUGCCUGUACCACCUGACGCCUCCUGCCACAUCGCUGACCACAUUCAGGUAUCUUACAUCUAG